AUGCCCCCAUGGGGAAGACCACCAGGGGCACGAAUGGGGAGAAAUACUAGGGGACGCGCGGCGUGGGGCGAGGCACGAGUGGAGGAGGUUGAUAGUGACGAGGAUGGAUAUGGGCGGGACUUAAUACGGGGUGGUCGAUACACGAGAGGGCUGGACUAUGAAGGGCGCGGGCCACGUAGGCGACCUGCGGAAUAUGUGGAUCUGUCGGAUGAUUCUGAAUCGGCGGAUGGGGGAGACUUCGAUUUAUACGAUCAAGGGGAUAGCACGGUGGCCUAUGCGAUGCAGUUGGCCAUGCGGGACAAGGAGGAUCAGUUGGUGGACCAAGCGCUGGAGCGGAUUCGCCGUGCACAAAUGUUGGGGAAGAAGAAUGUUCGGUUAUCAAAACGGGAGCUGGAUGCUUUGGAGCGUAAGCGCCAACAAGUGGACAAUUUAGGUGGGACCCGGCGCCCAAAGCAAGGCGCCAAUCCCCCAAAGGCGUCGUCGCGGCCAUCGUCGAGACGAAGCGCGGCAGGUUUUCCGCCAGAACAAUCCGCCGCGUAUCCGCCUUUUGCGCCCGACCCAUUCAGCACCUGGGCUCGUGGGAGUGCGGGAGGGCCUGGCCGGCCCUCUAGUUCAUCCUCCGCUACUGGCCGCCCCCGGACUCCGACAACGCAAUCGCUUCGUCCGCAGCAAUCCAAUUCACCACUUCGGCCUCCCUACCCGCAAUACCCUCCUGAACGCUUCGCUCCCAAUGGCCGGCCGCAGACGUUGCAGCAACCGCCUAUGUACCAACGGCCGCUGCCUGACGAUCCUCAAUGGGCUCCCUCCUACUACAAUCAAAUGCAAAUGAGCCCAUAUGGAGAACCAGCGCCUUACCAACCGCAGCUUCCCACCGAUCUUAGAGCGGGACUGCAUGGUCGAAUGAGCUAUCCUUCAGGUGCUCCAUAUCAAGCCCAGCAAUCUCCCCAGGGUAAACGCCCAUCCCAAGGCACAACGCAGGCCCAAGACACAGCCGCAGCUGCUGCCGCAGCUCCAGCUUCAGUGUCUGCCGAAUCAGAGUCGGGGUCGUCCAGUGAAGAAGAAUCGGAGAGCAGUUCAGAGGAUGAAGUGCAAAUAGUCAAGGUGACCAAGGUGGCGGAGCGACCAGCCGCGCCAGUUGCAGUUCCACGACGGCGAACUGUGUCUGGGGGUCGAGGUGGUGCUCGCAAACGGACCAGUCGGUGA